GACGUGGUCUGGCUGCCCCGGUGAGUAAGGAAAGAUGGCUGCUCUCCACCGUUGUGCGCUGGUCCUCCUCGCCUUGUGUCUGCUGUGCUGCACCGGUGCUCGCGCGGCUCCCCGUACCCUGGUUUUGCUGGAAAAUAUCAACCUGCGGGAGACGCAUUCGCUUUUCUUCCGUAGCCUGGCUGAUAGAGGGUUUGAACUUUCUUUCAAAACAGCUGAUGAUCCAAGCUUGUCUCUCAUUAAGUAUGGAGAGUUUUUGUAUGACAAUUUGAUUAUCUUUUCCCCCUCAGUUGAAGAUUUUGGUGGAAAUAUCAAUAUUGACACAAUCACUUCUUUCAUUGAUGGCGGUGGCAGUGUACUCGUGGCUGCAGGCUCUGAUAUUGGGGACCCACUGCGGGAAUUGGGCAGUGAGUGUGGUAUCGAGUUUGAUGAAGAGAAAACUGCCGUUAUGGAUCAUCACAACUACGACAUCUCUGACCCCGGCCAGCAUACACUUAUAGUAGCUGAUCCAGAGAAUCUUCUGAAAGCCCCAACUAUUGUGGGAAAGAAAGAAUUGAACCCCAUCCUCUUCAGGGGAGUUGGUAUGGUGGCUGAUCCUGAUAACCCUCUCGUUCUGGACAUUCUGACUGGUUCAUCUACCUCCUAUUCCUUUUUCCCUGAUAAACCAGUAACACAGUACCCACAUGCAGUAGGGAAGAACACUCUGCUGAUUGCAGGCUUGCAGGCCAGAAACAAUGCUCGUGUUGUGUUCAGUGGUUCUCUGGAUUUCUUUAGUGAUGCUUUCUUUAACUCGGCUGUGCAGAAAGCAGCUCCAGGCUCUACAAGGUUCUCAAAGACUGGCAACUAUGAGCUGGCGGAGGCCCUGUCCCGUUGGGUGUUUAAGGAGGAAGGAGUUCUGAGAGUUGGAGCAGUCACUCACCACCGUGUAGGAGAAACGUCCCCUCCAAGUGCUUACACUAUUACUGACCUAGUGGAGUACAGCAUUGUGAUUGAACAGCUUUCUGAGGGCAAGUGGGUUCCCUUUGAUGGAGAUGACAUCCAGCUGGAGUUUGUCCGUAUUGAUCCCUUUGUACGGACGUUCCUGAAGAAAAAUGGAGGAAAGUACAGCGUCCAAUUUAAGCUUCCUGACGUGUACGGUGUGUUCCAGUUCAAGGUGGAUUACAAUAGAUUGGGGUACACGCACCUUUAUUCCGCCACACAGGUGUCAGUACGUCCUCUCGAGCACACCCAGUACGAACGUUUCAUUCCUUCUGCAUUCCCAUACUAUGCCAGCGCGUUCUCUAUGAUGGCCGGACUCUUUAUCUUCAGCAUCGUUUUCCUGCACAUGCGGGAGAAGGAGAAGUCUGACUGAGGAGCUGGGAUCUCCUUUAGCAUUAACAUCAUGGCCUGAUUGGAUCGUUCCAUGUGGGGAGCUGCAUCUGGACUGGGUUCAUCUUUCACUACUUGAAAAGGAGGAUGUCACUUUGAUUUGGGAUAGUUUGGUGAAAAUAAAAUUCCAUUUUGGUGAUAAAUCUGGAGGGUGUAAAGCGUUGCUUUAUGCUGUAAUACAGGAGAGGCUCAUUUCUAAAAGGGGGACACAUAUAUGAGAAAAACAAACCAAAAAACUGUAGCAAUCGCAUCCUCUCCGCCAACAUCUUUUAACAUCGUUCUUUAUUUUUUUUUUUUUUGUGUAACUAUGGAUGUAAUUUUGUUUUUGAACUGUGAUGGGCACUUGAAGAAUAUUUUUGACCGUUUGUAAGAAAAAAAUAAAAGUGUGUGUUCCCCUGG